AUGCAUCAUUCUUCUUCACAGCUUCCCCAGAGUGUCGAGGCACCCCCCAUGGAUGAGACAGUCCCGGAUGAUGCUGCAGAUACAAUUACAAUUACACGGACUAUAUUGGAGGUCCCAAGGAGGCCCCGGGGACGGCCUCCUGGCUCAAAAAAUAAACCCAAGCGGUUAAAAAUUGUAUCUAAUAUGGCUGAAAAUUGCCUGCGGUCGCUCGUCUUGGAGGUCGCCGGGGGCUGCGAUGUGGCCCAAAGCAUUGCCAACUUUGCUCGUAGAAGACAGAUCUGGGUGUGGGUUCUGAGCGGCAACGGAAUUGUGACCAAUGUGACACUCCGGGAGCCAACAAACCCUAGAGCGGGCGUUACUGUUAAAGGAAUGUAUCAGAUUCAGUAUUUGUCGGGGAUGUUUUCGCCGGGAGCUUCUUCCUCUGGCUGUGGGCUCACCGUACUCUUGGUCGGUAUGCAAGGGCAGGUUGUAGGAGGUAGCAUCAUCGGGCCUCUUAUUGCAGCCGGACCUGUUAUUAUCAAUGCGGCUUUCUUUAUCGACGCUCCGCAGCAGACAACAUGAUUCCAAAGAGUAGCUCAAG